UUUUUGCUCUCCAUUUGCCAGCUGCUGGAGUCAUAAACACACUGCACUGAAAACAAACUUAUUUCAUAUUUAUAGCUAAGCAAGAUUUCGAUAAUUAAACAAAAUAACGUUCACGAUAAGUGUAUAAUAAAUAUUAUGUACAAUUAACAAUUUCAAAAUGUGCGGAAGUAUUAUGUAGAUUCGGCAUUAUUAUAAAUAUUCUAAAUAGAAAUGUCGAUUCAUUUUCCUCAUGAGAACGGUGUUUUAACGGCAUUCGUUCUCCUACAACGUGACCCUUCCAUCGACCUCCUCCUCACCUCGUUGCAAUGUUUCCUCUGUCGAAAGUUCCCCGUGGUCUCGAAAGGUCAACCCCGUCGCCGCUACGAGGAGCAGACCACCCUCUUCAAACAACUCUUUAUGACGCCUCACUUCCGGAGAAGCGUCUCCCCUCCGACGUACAACUGCUUUGCCAACCAGGUCGACAGUUGUGGGGGGUGUUUGCCCAUAAUUAAAGAAGUGUACGCCCUGCAUCACGAAAUUGUCGCGAUGCAGACAGAGCUGGACGGAUUGUUGGAUAAGGCGAGGUCAGCGAUGAGCCGAACAAUACAGCCUAAGCGAAAAUUAGUGGUGGAAAGGAAAAGGAGAAAAAUAGAUAACGACACAGAUUUGGAGGGGCUAGUAAAUUUUGAUGUUAAAGAGGAAGAGCUAGACGACAGUUUUGAAGAGAUAAUUGUCCCAGAUUUUGAAGAGGAACCUCAAUAUGAAGAGCGACCAAUUCUUAUACCAAGAAAAAGUAAGGCGAAAGCUGCCAAAAUGUGGCGACAAGUUGGGGGGAGCAAAGAAAGCGACGAAAAUCUGGAAGAUGAUGCUAAUGACGAUCCAAAUUUUGACCAAGUUGGUGACGAUGCUGGUGACGGGAAAAACGUAUUUUCGUGUGCUAAAUGUGGCAAAACCCUCUCCAACAAAUCCAGUUUGAUCCGACAUGAAAUCGUAAAUUGUCAAGUUCCAUACGACGCGGAUAAACUGAAGCGAUACAAUAUAAAGUUAUACCCAUGCAACCUCUGUGAUAAAAAGUAUACCUGUCAGCGUGACCUCAAUCGUCACUUCGCAAUUCAUACAAAACAGAAACCACUCCUCACAUCCGGUAACAUGUCAAUUCCUCAAGAAAGUAAUCCUGUCAUCAAAAUGGUCAAACGUAAGACGAACAAGAAAUUGCUGCCUUGUACAAAAUGUGGAAAAAAUCUGUUGACGAGUAAAAGUAGUCAAGAAUGCAGAGAUUGUAUUUAUGCCAUGGUUCGUAAAAUAUCCAUCCCAGUGGACGGAAACAGCAAUGAAGAGGACGCCACAGAUCCAGAAUUUAGCUCCAAAACUAUCCCCCCAACCGAAUACUCCUGUCUAAAAUGCGGCAAACACCUGAAAAGCCUUCGCCAAAAGAUAUCUCAUGAAGUCACCGUGUGUAAAAUUACCUACGACGACGACGAAUUGGCUAGAUUGAACAUCAAAUUUCACCAAUGUCUCCACUGCCCUAGGAAAUUCAUGCACUACAAGGAUUUGACAAAACACGGCGUAAAACACAGCAAAGUCAAUUCAUUCGUUUGCGACAAGUGUGGAAAAGCGUUCCGAUAUUCGGUCAGUUUAUCAGCGCAUCAAAAAAUUCACUGCACUGAGGUCCACAUUGAUCCCGAAGAGAGACAGAAGUUUCAUCAGAAAAAGGUCGCGAGUGGGGUGCGACAUGCCGUAAAAUGCCCCCAAUGUCCCCACCGGUUUGUGCAAAGGGCCAAAUUGUUGAGACAUUUGGCGUCAUCCGUCCACGAGAUGCGUUUCCGGCCCGAUGGAGAAGAUAGUGUUGUGUGCAGCGCUUGUGGAAAAUGUGUUUCGUCCGAGAUUUUUGCUAUCAAGCAGCAUAUUGUGAGCAUACAUGAGAAAGAAGACCGAGAAGAAAGUGGAGAUGAUGAUGACGAAAGGUUUGAAGGUUUUGACGGUCCGUCUGAAAAUGACAAGUUGACAGAGUUAUCUAUUAUUCCUUCAGAGCGUGACGCUUAGUUCGGCAGGGUCGACAAUGUUAGAAAAGGGAUUUGUAUGUAAUUGGUAAAUAUGUAUUUAAACAUUCCAAAUUUAACGCGUAUGAAAAAUAAAUACCAAAAUUUUAAUAAUUUAAAUUGAG